GCCCUGGGGGGCUGCGGGGCUUGCCCAGGACGCCUGGGGAGGGGGACCCGGACGCCUGGGUUCUCCCCGCGGGGGCGGGGCGGGGGCUGCAGUGCUGCCGACGCCGCUGGGCUCGGAGCUGCUCUGAGCUGUCCCUGGUGCUGGUGGCGCUCAAGAAACCUGCCCGUGUCCCCCUCCCCCCGGGACCGCGGCAUCGAGCACUGCGCCCCCCACUCAGUGCGGAUCGGGAGUGAGGGGCACCAGUAGGGCUGAGAAGGGCCAGGGUUUCGAGUCUGCGGUGGGUACUGGUCAGAGCCUGGGUGAGAAGGUCACUGCCCUGAGCCCUGCUGCUGAGCGCCCCCAAUCACACCAGCAAGGAAGAAGUAGGAAGUGGGGAGAAUGAGGCCCCAGCAGAGCACCAGAGAACCCAGGCAUCCAGGACCUGGCGUCCCCAGAACCCCCUGGUCCAGCUGCCUUCCCCGCAGCGACGUGCUGCCCGCACCCAGCACAGCUUGUCCCCAGCACCUGGUGAUUGAUGCCAACAGAGGCUCUUUAAGGAGACAGGAAGAGGUCCCCCCACAGUUGACACAGCGCUGGGAAGGGAGUGGGAGUUGGAGGUCAGAGCAUGGGGACACUGGGAGCCUGGAUGCCUGGGUUCUCUCCAGCUCUGUGGGGGGGCUGGAUGCCUGGGUUCUCCAGGGUUGUCUGUGGCUCUGGUCCAUCCCCACACCUGCCAGGGUCCAUUUGGAUGGGGGUUUCUCUAGAUGCCCCCCAGGGAGCCCCCUGGCCCCCAUCCCACCCAUUGCUGCCCAUCUACCCCCUCCCCGCAGGGUCCAGGUCGAGUUCUACGUCCAUGAAAACACUUUCAAGGAGCGGCUCAAGCUCUUCUUCAUCAAGAACCAGCGUUCCAGCCUCCGCGUGCGGCUCUUCAACUUCUUCCUCAAGCUCCUCAGCUGCCUCCUCUACAUUGUCCGGGUGCUGCUGGACGACCCCCGCGAGGGCCGGGGGGGCUGCUGGGGCUGCCCCAAGCAGAACCACUCAAACCCCCCAGCAGCCCGGUUUGAUUGGACCCCCAUUAUCUGGGUCAACAGGCCCCUGCCCCUGUGGGGGUUGCAGGUACUUGUGGCUCUGAUCAGCUUCCUGGAGACAAUGCUGCUGGUUUACCUGGGCUACAAGGGCAACCUGUGGGAGCAGGUUCUGCGGGUGCCCUUCGUGCUAGAGGUGAUGACCACUGUGCCCUUCCUCAUCACGGUGUUGUGGCCCCCCCUACGCAACCUCUUCAUCCCCGUGUUUCUGAACUGUUGGCUGGCCAAGCAUGCACUGGAGAACAUGAUUAAUGACCUGCACCGUGCCAUCCAGCGCUCGCACUCAGCCAUGUUCAACCAGGUGCUGAUCCUGGGCUGCACCCUGCUCUGCCUCAUCUUCACCUGCAUCUGUGGGAUCCAGCACCUGGAGCGGGCGGGGAACAACUUGUCGCUGUUUGACUCGCUCUACUUCUGCAUCGUCACCUUCUCCACUGUGGGCUUUGGUGACGUCACGCCACGCAUCUGGCCCUCGCAGCUGCUGGUCGUUGUCAUGAUCUGCGUCGCCCUCAUCGUCCUGCCCAUACAGUUUGAGCAGCUGGCCUUCUUGUGGAUGGAGCGCCAGAAGUCAGGGGGUAACUACAGUCGGUACCGGGCGCAGACGGAGAAGCACGUGGUGCUGUGUGUCAGCGCCCUCAAGAUUGACCUGCUCAUGGACUUUCUCAAUGAGUUUUAUGCCCAUCCCCGGCUCCAGGACUACUAUGUGGUGAUCCUGUGCCCCACUGAGAUGGACCUGCCCGUGCGCCGCGUGCUACAGAUCCCGCUCUGGGCCCAACGUGUCAUCUUCCUCCAGGGCUCGGCCCUCAAGGACCAGGACCUCAUGAGAGCCAAGAUGGAUGACGCUGAGGCCUGCUUCAUCCUCAGCAACCGCUUUGAGGUGGACCGUGUGGCAGCAGAUCACCAGACCAUCCUGCGAGCCUGGGCUGUGAAGGACUUUGCCCCCAACUGCCCCCUGUACGUGCAGAUCCUUAAGCCUGAAAACAAGUUCCACAUCAAGUUCGCAGACCAUGUGGUGUGCGAGGAAGAGUUCAAAUAUGCCAUGCUGGCCCUCAACUGUGUGUGCCCAGCCACCUCCACGCUCAUCACCCUGCUCAUACACACCUCCCGGGGGCAGACCACCCCAGCAGAGUCCUUCAGGCAGCGGCCUGACACCUGGCAGCCCCUCUCCAGGGAGGGCCCCACAUCACCGGAGCAGUGGCAGAGGACGUACAGCCGGUGCUCGGCCAAUGAGGUGCAUCAUGUGCGCCUGGGAGACAGCAAGUUCCUGGGCGAGUAUGAAGGGAAGAGCUUCACUUAUGCAUCCUUCCACGCCCACAAGAAGUACGGAGUGUGCCUGAUGGGUGUGUGCCGGGAGGAGCAGAGCAGCAUCCUGCUGAACCCAGGGCCCUGCCACAUCCUGGCUGCCAGCGACACCUGCUUCUACAUCAACGUGUCCAAGGAGGAGAACUCAGCCCUGGUGCGGCAACAGCAGGACCCAGCACCCCCCCGCCGCCCUGCAUCCACGGCCUACCGUGGCCUCACGCGCCUGCCUGUGCACAGCAUCCUCGCCAGCAUGGGGACGGUGGCCAUGGACUUGCCAGACUCAGGCAGCAGCCCUGAGAGCGUCGAGGCACCAGAUGCUGAGAAGCGACCCAGCAUUGCACCUGUGCUGGAGGGGCCAGACACGCUGCCCAGCCCCACACUCGACCUGCUCAGCGAUCCCUCUGAGGAUGAGGCCAGCCCCCAUGAGGAUGGUGCUGCCUCUGCCUGCUGGGUGAAGGGCUAUCCUAGCAACACGCCCUACAUUGGGAGCUCGCCCACCCUUUGCCACCUCUUGCCGGAGAAGACCCCCUUCUGCUGCCUGCGGCUGGACAAGAGCUGCCCCCACUUGCCCCAUGAGGAUGCCCGUGCCUACGGCUUCCACAACCGGCUCAUUAUCGUGUCAGCUGAGCGUGCCGGCAAUGGGCUCUACAACUUCGUGGUGCCAUUGCGGGCCUACUAUCGGCCUCGCAAGGAGCUCAACCCCAUUGUGCUGCUGCUCGAGGACCUGCCUGAGACCCACUUCCUGGAGGCAAUUUGCUGGUUCCCGCUAGUUUACUACAUGGUGGGCUCCAUUGAUAACCUGGAUGAUUUGCUGCGCUGUGGGGUGACCUUCGCGGCCAAUAUGGUGGUGGUGGACAAGGAGAGCUCCAUUAUCGCUGAUGAGGACUACAUGGCUGACGCCAAGACCAUUGUCAAUGUCCAGACCCUCUUCAGGUUGUUCCCGGGCUUGAACAUCAUCACAGAGCUGACGCACCCAGCCAACAUGCGCUUCAUGCAGUUCAAAGCCAAGGACCGCUAUGGGCUGGCCCUGUCCAAGCUCGAGAAGAAGGAGCGGGAGAAGGGCUCCAACUUGGUGUUCAUGUUCCGCCUGCCCUUCGCUGCUGGGAAAGUCUUCAGUGUCAGCAUGUUGGACACGCUGCUCUACCAGUCGUUUGUGAAGGAUUACAUGAUCUCCAUCACCCGCCUACUGCUGGGCCUCGACUCACUGCCUGGGUCUGGCUUCCUGUGCGCACUGAAGGUGACGGAGGACGACUUGUGGAUCCGCUCCUACGGACGCCUCUACCAGAAGCUCUGCUCUACCACGGGCGAUGUCCCCAUUGGCAUCUACCGCACUGAGAGCCACCUGCUCCCCACCUCUGAGUGGCAGGCUCCAGGCAGCCCAGAGGCUGGGGAGGAGGUGGGUGAGGUCCCCCUAGCACGGCGCAAGAGCCUACAGUGGGCGCGACGCCUGAGCCGCCGUGGUGCCCGUCCACCUGACCCUGCACCUGCUGCCCGUGUGCGCCAGCAGCGCCUAGCCUUGCACCGCCGCUCUGAGCGCCAGGAGCUCAGUGCUCUUGUCCGUGCCCGGCUGCGCCACCUUGGCCUCUCCUCUACUGGCUUCAUGGAUGUUCUGGAUCAUGACAACACAUUCUCCUACAUCCUGCUCAACCCUGCACCCAACACACGGCUGGAGGUCAACGACAUCGUGUAUCUCAUCCGCCCUGACCCCCUAACCCUGGUCUCGGCCAGCGGCACCAGCCAGAAAGCCAGCACCAGCGCCACCAAGGAUGUCCCCCCGCUCUGACCCCUCCCCGGGGCACCCACCUGCUGCCAACACUGUGACACCCCUCCCUCGCCUGGUGGCCCAUGUCCCUGGGCCUGCCGUGCUCCCAUUGGCUCUUCGCUGCCCCACCAAGUUCUUCCAUCCAAUUCGCACUUGGUCCUUCUGCCAGAGCCUGGCCUGAUUGGCUGGAGAGUACUCCCUGCCCUGCCCCGCCCUGAGCAUCCUCUGGGCAUCCCCAGCCCAGAGCAAGGGGGCUGGGGGGCUGCCUCAAACCCCCGCCACCCAAAGCUGAGCCAGGCCCUGGGGGUACGUCAUGCCCCCCUCCUCUUUUGACCCCCAGGGGGCCAAAGCACCGAGGCUGGGGACCCCCAGAGUAGGUCGUGGAAUGUAGCCCCAGGCGGAAGAGGGUGGGGUUCUGUCAUCACCCCCCUGCUGCCGCCUCUCUGGUCUCACUGUGAACAUGGUCCUAGAUGUACAGAUUCAAUAAAGCUGUAGAGAAACGCCA